AUGGUUCAAAAUAAAUUUCUCUUCUUUCUUUAUUUUGUCAUUAUCUUCAUUUCCGCUGCCACUGCAGUUGCCCAAGGUUCGUCUCCUGCCAUUAAGAUUCCUCUUACUGAAGACUUAAUUGAUCAAUUAGAAGAUAUAGUAGUAACGAAUAAAGAGAAUAAAGGUAUGAGUCCAUCUACGCCUUUGGACCAACCUGAAAGUGAACCUUCUGUUGACAAUCCUAAGAACUCGGAUAGUUCAUAUAAAAGCCCGGAUAGUUCAUCUAAAAGUUCUGAUAGUUCUAAAAGCAUGAACAAACAAGGUGUAGCGCCUUCUCCAAUUGGUGUAGUUCCUACGUCUGGACCAAUGACUGGUCCAAUUAAAAGUCCUACGACCCAAAUUAAUGGUACUCCUAAACAGAGUAUUAAUAGUGUUAAUUCAAUACCUACUCCGAAAUCAACUGUUCAAAGUCCACCUCCCAAAUCAAUCCCUCCACCUUCUGUUGUUAAAGCUCCUUUACCACCAACUUCUACUUCUAAAGUAUCUCAUGCUGAACAUAUUUCUACUAACUGUUUUUUGGGG